AUGAUUCAGCAUGGUCAUUUUGCAAGCGAGGUGAUCAAAAAACGCCUCGAAGAACUUCACGCUUUAUGGGACAAGCUGUUCUUCAAACUAAAAGAUAAGGGUAUUAAGCAGCUUCAACAAGCACUAAAAUUACUUCAAUUUAUUCGACAGUGUGACGAGUUGCUUUACUGGAUUAGGGAUAAGGAGGCUUAUGUGACUGCCGAAGAUAUGGGUAUGGAUCUGGAGCACGUAGAAGUGCUUCAACGAAAAUUCGAAGAUUUUCUGAAAGAGCUAGGAAACCAUCAUUAUCGCAUUAACGAGAUUAAUCAAGCUGCUGAUAAGCUUGUAGAAGAUGGUCAUACUGAACACGACCAGAUUUAUAAGAAACGUGACGAGGUGAAUGAGGCUUGGCAUCGCCUGAACACCCUUGCCGCUACCAGGAAAGAAUCUCUCUUUGGAGCCCAUCAAGUGCAGCGCUUCAAUCGUGACGCAGAUGAAACUCUUGCAUGGAUUGCGGAGAAGGACGCUACUCUGUCGAGUGAUAUGAAUUACGGCCGUGACUUGAUAUAA